GUGAAUCUUAUUUUUUUUAAUCAUAUUUUUUGUAGUUCAUUUUAUAAGUUAUUAACGAUAAAUGUUCAGCCUUUGGGUGCAAACCAAUAAUUUAUUUUUAGACUUAAGAGGCUGAUAUCAAUAUUGGAAUUAGUUCCUUGUAGUAGCUCAAUGAGUGCCAUUAAUGUAAUAAGUAUCUGAUGCAAUAUUGAUUGUUACAGGAGAUAAGUGAAGCAUUUUUUUUUAUUUUUACAAAUCUUUGAAGACAAGGAUUCAGUAUUGUAUUUAUAAAGAAAUGCUAAUAAUAAUAAAAAACGAUCAUGGCGAAGAGAUUUGGUUGGCAGUGACCUCGGCAGCGGACUGCGAGUACCGCGUGUUCAACACCUUCCAGAUCUAUCCGGACCGAUUGAUAGGAGAUCUGGCCAGAGCGGCAGCUGAGGUGAUUGGUCAAAAUACUUUCGAAGGAUACAUGACCCACUUCGGCAGAUGCUUUGUCAGGUUCUUCUCCAACUUCGGAUACGACGAGGUGAUCAGGGCAACUGGUAGGAACUUCACUGAUUUCCUGGAGAACGUUGAUAACAUCCACCUUCAGAUGCAGUUCACGUAUCCCAAGAUGGAUUCUCCUUCGAUGUACUUGAGCGAAAAGGAUCAAUCGGGAGCGGUCCUUGUCUACAGGAGUUCUCGGGAAGGAUUUAAGGACUAUUUCAUGGGGCAACUCCUGGAGAUCGCGAAUUGUCUCUUCGGCAUCAAGCUGGAGGUGAGGAUUCUCGAAGAGAUCAGUGCCUCUUCCAGUACAUGCCAGAGGAAGAACGUCCAACUUAAGCUACGUCUCAAUUACGACAAUUCUAACUACAUAACAGAUAAGGUGGAUAAGCCUCCAAUAGGAUGGGACCUGCCGUGCCUAUCCACUUCUUUCAUAGUGAAAUUGUUUCCAUUCUGCGUCCUGUUCGGUCCAGGCCUACGCGUCCUCAACGCAGGUGAGAAGUUAUUCGAGGUCUUCGAGGAUCGUCUCAUUGGUCGUCCUGUCAGCAGUUUCUUGAAGAUCCUUCGGCCAAAGAGCCUCGAAUUCACCUGGCAGAACAUUGUUAAUUAUCAAGCUGUGGCUUUCGAGAUCGAGGUGUUGGCUCCGGACGAGGCCACUAACAAACCAAGGAACCUCAUCUUGACUGGGCAGAUGCAACUCUUGGAACCCGUUCCUGUCGUCAUGUUUCUGUGCAAACCGAGGGCGAGAAAUAUAGCAGAGAUGAAGCACAUGGGGCUUUACGUGGAAGACUUGAACGAAAUCGGCUUAGGGAGAGAACUCGUCUUUAAAGGAUGGGAACAUUCCACAAGACUUGAUGAAGUGCGCGAGAAGGUGGAGAAGCAAUGCGCUGAGUUAGAAGAGACAUAUAAUAAAAUGAAAGAGUGGAAAGAAGAAGGCGAUAGACUUCUGUAUUCAAUGAUACCUAAGUCUGUCGCUGAGCAGCUGAAGGCUGGAGCGUCUCCACUAUCUACAUGCAAGUGGCUAAAGUGCUUUCGACCAAUCUCCGAUGGCUUUAGUACCAAUGAUGUGGUUGAGAGGGUAGCGCAGGGUUCUCCUGGAGUCCAGCUUUUCCCUCCAUGGGACAAGCCUGCCUCGGAGAUUGUAGAAACAGUGGGAGAAGUGUAUAUGGCCGUCAGCGGCGCACCUGAAGAAGUCGAAGACCACGCCAACCACAUUGCUAGGCUGGGUCUACGCUUCCUCAACGAAUUCAGUCCUGGUUCCAAUAUCACCGUAAGGAUUGGGAUGCACUCUGGAGAAGUUGUCGGUGGAGUGGUCGGCACUAAAUUGCCCAGGUACUGCCUCUUUGGAGACACUGUCAACACAGCAUCGAGAAUGCAGUCCACUUGCCCUGCAGGCAAGGUGCAGAUGUCUUCUAAAACAAAAGAACUCUUGAACGCCGAUGUAUUUAUGACGGAAUCUCGAGGAAUAAUUGAAGUAAAGGAUCUAGAAGCCACUUCUCGUGAAUUAUGA